AUGGCUGAAAAUAGGCCGGCGGUGGAGGAUGACAGAGUCCAUCCUCUUUCUUCCACGCCAAUGUCAGAGCAUUGGAAUGUUGAGGAAGGGAAGAAGUCCAGUCCCUCCACUUUGAGUGAGAAGUUGGGAUUGCGCGAGCUAUUUUCUUUGAAGGUUUGGAGAGCAUCUCUAGCAGAGCUAGUUGGCUCGGCAGUGCUUGUUUUCGCUAUAGACACAAUAGUGAUCUCCUCAUAUGAGACUAAAACCACAACACCAAACCUUGUCAUGGCGAUCCUCAUUUCCAUCACAGUUGCAAUUCUCCUCCUUGCCACUAAUCCCAUCUCCGGCGGCCACAUCAAUCCUGUUGUCACCUUAUCCGCAGCAUUCGUUGGCCUCAUAUCCUUCUCACGCGCCGCUGUCUACAUCUUGAGCCAGUGCACGGGGGCGAUACUAGGUGCACUAGCCCUGAAGGCUGUGGUAAACAGCAGCAUUGAAGAAACGUUCUCACUUGGAGGUUGCACUCUCACCGUCAUUGCCCCAGGCCCACAUGGGCCAAUCAUUAUGGGCAUUGAGACCACCCAAGCCCUCUGGCUUGAGAUCAUAUGCACUUUUGUGUUUCUCUUUGCUUCGAUUUGGAUGGCAUUUGACCAUCGCCAAGCCCAUGCUGUGGGCCGAGUUGUAGUCUUCUCUAUCGUUGGAACAGUUGUGGGCCUCCUUGUGUUUAUCUCAACCACCGUUACAGCUGUAAAGGGCUAUGCCGGGGUUGGAAUGAACCCCGCUCGAUGCUUGGGCCCCGCACUGAUUCGCCGGGGGCACCUUUGGAAUGGGCAUUGGGUGUUUUGGGUCGGGCCCAUUAUUGCUUGCGUGGCGUUUUAUUUGUACACAAAGAUCAUUCCACAUCAACAUUUCCACAUGGAUGGCCACACGCACAAUACAGUCAAUAUCGUAAAGACUCUUCCCAAGUAG